AUCCGACUCAUUCUCUCCCUUCGUUUGCUUCUAUUUAUUUUGCCCCCUUUAUCUACUAUUUCUACUGAUAGGCAGUUUUUUUCAAGUCAUGUCCUGCCGCGCCUACUUUCCGCGAAGCAGCUUUCUCUGCUUGGUCAGCACACUCUGCUCACAUCUUGGCGCUUGACAAGAACUCAUCUCCGACUACUCUUGACGCUAGCAAAGGAGAAAUGGAACCGUGCUCUAAUUGAACCGGGAACUGCAGUUGGGGCGCUUUGUGGCCAGUCCAUAGGCGAGCCCGCCACCCAAAUGACCUUGAAGACAUUCCAUUUUGCCGGGGUAGCCAGCAUGAAUAUUACUCAGGGUGUACCUCGGAUGCGUGAAAUCGUGAAUGCUGUUUCGAACAUCCGUACGCCUCUCAUCACAGUAGCUCUGCUAGACCCCACUUCAUCCGAAUUAGCCAAGCAGGUGAAACUGAGCAUCGAGCCAACUCGUUUGGCUGAUGUAUCUUUGCGAUUACGCCAAUGCCUGCUUCCCGAAGACAUCUAUGUCUCCAUCCACUUGGAUUUAACUCGAAUGGCACGGCGCAAUUUGACCCCUGCUAAGAUUGCCACUGCGAUCCGAUUAGCCAAACUUAAGAAGAAAAUCAAACUUACAGUAAGGGGCAAGUUGGAACACUAA